AUGGCAUUGGAAGAAGAUGUUCGUCCACAUACAGACGGAAGUCAAUUUAAGAAAUUAUUUAAUCGAUUAAGUGGACAACCAGAAUCUUAUGCUCGUAAGGCCAAUUAUACAUUUGGAAAAACAUUAGGAGCUGGUUCAUUUGGAAUUGUAAGAUAUGCAAGAGAUAAUGGAACCAAUGAAGAAGUAGCAGUUAAGAUUAUCUUAAAGAGAGCACUUAAGGGGAAUGAAAGUAUGAUUAUUGAUGAAUUACAUCUUUUACAACAAUUAAAUAAUCCUCAUAUUGUUGGAUUUAGAGAUUGGUUUGAAAGUAAAGAUAAAUUUUAUAUUGUUACUCAAUUAGCAACAGGAGGAGAAUUAUUCGAUAGAAUUGUAAGUAAAGGUAGAUUUACUGAACAUGAUGCAUCAUUAGUUGUUGUUCAAAUGUUGGAAGCAUUAAAUUAUUUACAUGGAAAAGAUAUUGUUCAUCGAGAUAUUAAACCAGAAAAUGUAUUAUAUUUAACUCCAGAUGAAAAUUCUAAUAUUGUAUUGGCUGAUUUUGGUAUUGCUAAACAAUUACAAGGUCCAAAUGAAGUAUUAACUUCUCUGGCCGGUUCAUUUGGUUAUGCUGCUCCUGAAGUUAUUUUGGGUACAGGACAUGGGAAACCAUGUGAUAUUUGGUCAUUGGGUGUUGUUACAUAUACUUUAUUAUGUGGAUAUUCCCCAUUUAGAUCAGAGAAUGUUACUGAUUUUAUUAAUGAAGUUAAACAUAAUAAUGCCGUUAUUUUCCAUGCCGAUUAUUGGAAAGAUGUCAGUAAAGAUGCUCGUAGAUUUAUUGUUAAAGCAUUACAAUAUAAUCCUGAACAUAGACCAACUGCAACCGAAUUAUUGAAUGAUCCAUGGAUUGUUAGUGUUGCUGAAAAACAUAAGGAAUGUGAUUUAUUACCUCAUUUGAAACGUGGAUUUGAUGCAAAGGCUAAAUUUAGACAAGCGAUUGAAGUUGUUAAAUUGAAUAAUCGUAUUAAGAAAUUGAAGCAAAUGCAAACUGAAGCUGAUGAUGAUCCAAGUGAAAUUGAUUUAUUUGGUGAUAGUGGAUCAAUUAUGAAAGCUGCAUCAAGAGUUCCAUCUAAUGUUGAACAAUCACCUUUAUUAACUUGGAAGAAAUUUUCAAAUGUUAUGAAUGAUUUAGAUAAGGAUUUAUCAAGAACAUCAUUAUCACCUCUUACUUCACCUUAUGCGAAUGAACAAAAGAAGAAAAAGACAAUGACUGCUGAUGCAUUUAUUCAAUUGGUUCAUGCUGCAUCUAAAAAUAAAGAGAGAGUAGCUAGCUAUAAAGAUGAUGAUGGCCAGAUAGAAAAGAAGGAGGAUGAAGACCAAUAA